ACGUCUUUCCUCUGAGUUAAACCUUUUUUGUCGAAUGUCUCUUCUGAUUUAAAAGAAUUUCUCGCUCUAGGGCUUGGACUGAGACCAAUGGCGAUGUUCGGGAGAAAACAGGGUAUAGCAAUGGCGACAAACUUCAUGAAAUCCCUAAUAAUCCAAAGAUCUUCCACUCUUCCUUCCAACACUCGAUGCCUCAGCGACGCCGUUAGCAGCGAGGUUAUCACCUCCCACACCGCCAAAUGGAUGCAGGAUACAGGCAAAAAAUCUCCAAUGGAAUUAAUCAAUGAAGUUCCUCCCAUCAAAGUUGAAGGUCGGAUUGUUGCUUGUGAAGGAGACAAUGAUCCUGCACUUGGGCAUCCAAUCGAGUUCAUCUGUCUUGACCUGGAUGAGCCGGCUAUAUGCAAGUAUUGUGGUUUACGUUAUGUGCAAGAUCAUCACCAUUAGGUAACGGGCAGUGCUGUAAUAACUGUUGCCAUCGUUGUUGAAUUGAUUUAAGAUUAUCUCUAUCACAAUUGAUUUUAAGAUAUAUCUUGACGGUUUUGUGUAUUUUGUUGCUGCAUCAUGUUUUCUAGUCAGCGAAAUAAGGGUUCUUGCAUUGCCUUCUCUCUCUUUCUCUCUCUCUCAUACUGUGAAUUUGACAUCAAAUGUUUUAAAUAGAUGUUAUUUCCCAUGCUACAGGAUGAAAACACUAAGCAUGGUUUCAA